UCCACAAACUGAUGACCAAAUUUCUGAACAGAAGCUCGACACUGAGUUCAAAUCAUCUGUCUGAGAGAGCAACAAGAGAAUGCGAGCAAGUACUAUCAGCUGCGCCUGCCACGGCGGAGCGACUGCGGCGCACCGCCUACCGCCGCCGUUCCAGUAUUAUUCCCCUCUGGUUCUUCGGUAUCGAUCUGACUCUAAACGCAAUUGGAGGUUGGUGCAUACAAGAAUAGAUGUCGCCAAGACAUGCAAAUUAAGAGCUCGAGCAAAUGCCAAAGCAGCGUUGGAAUGGGAGUCAUACGAAGUGGCGGAAAGUGGGAAAAAGUAUUACUUAGACGAGCAAGAUGUUGUGACUUUUCUUGAUCCUCCGAAAGAGCUCAUUCCGUUGGACCCUAACUCAUAUAAUCCCGCUUCUUAUCUUUGGAAAAAAAUUGAAGACAUCCCGGAGGAAAGGCGGCAUCACCUUCUAUCCCUGCUAAACCCCAGACUUAUAUCAAGAGCUUGGGAGGUAGCUGGAACAAGAUAUGACGAUCCCAAGUUAACCAAGAAAAGGGCAUCAAGAUUGCUGUCUGAUGGAGAUUCUGCAGGUUCACUUGAGUUGUGGAAAUGCCGAACAAGUGGAGCGUCGCUUCCAAUUGCUUGGAUCAAUUCUUCCCAGAAGGCAAUAUUCUGCUGCACGGAUGGGAAAGCCUAUGGACGACUUAUUGGGGGAUAUCCUCUUUUGCGAAUCAUGAACUCCGUUUCCCCUUUGUACUUUAGUGUCACACAAGUGAAUGAAGUGAUGUCAACAGAGCAGCCUUGUGAUUUUGCGUAUGAAUUUGGAGAUGGACUACUCAAUCUUCCAGAAUAUCCCGAAGAAUUCCCUAAACCAGCAAAACAUGCGUGGCCGUUCAACGAUCAAGUUGUUAUAUAUGUUAGGCAGUUGGGUCCAGGAGUGGUGGUGGGACAAGCAUGGCAAGAGGGUAAAGCAUUGGAACAAGUACCCAAGAAGUUGUUCAAUGAGAUGUUAAUGGUUAAAGACUAUUUUGGUUGGAGCAAGAAGAACUGAAAAGACAUGGGUUGAGAAGCUUGUGUAGUACUGUUAACAUUGGAGAUGAUGUGUGUUAGUAAAGUUUGGGGGAGAGAUUUUGCUUACAACAUAAGUUUACAUCAUCAGAGACAUAUAUAUAGUCUAGAUAGAUGGAGAUGUAGGCUUACUCUUAGAAGUUAUCAUCCCACACUGACACUGGUGUGGUGUGGACCUAACUGAUUGAUUAUCUCAUAUCUGCAUAUACACCACGAUAUGGUGAUGGGGGAGGAGAGGAGUUCCAUUCCACAAGGACAACAAUAUAUAUAUAUA